AUGUGGGAGUGGGUCAGAAGAGCUGUGCUGCACUCGCUGUCCACGGCCCUCCUGCGCCUCUGGAAGUGGGUACGAGCUUUUUGGUACAAAAAUGGCCUCUUGACUCUCUCGAUGCUGUCGGUUGUCACCGGAUGCCUCCUGGGGUUCCUGCUGCGGGCGCUGGAGCUGACAGACCUGGAGAAGCAGUAUUUUUCCUUUCCUGGAGAGCUCCUCAUGAGGAUGCUGAAGAUGCUGAUCCUGCCCUUGAUCACCUCCAGCCUCAUGUCUGGGCUGGCCACCAUGGACUCCAAGGCCUGCGGGAAGAUGGGGGUGAUCACCAUCACCUACUACCUUUGGACAACCUUCAUGGCAGUGACCGUGGGGAUCAUCCUCGUGGUCAGCAUCCAUCCUGGUGCAGCUGCCCAGAAGGACAACUACUCCGUGCGGAAAGUGGUGCUCAGCUCUGCCGACGCAUUACUGGAUUUGAUCAGAAACAUGUUUCCUUCUAACCUGGUUGAAGCUUCGUUCCAGCAGUACCGAACUGUUCUUGUCCCGGUGGUGAAGUCUCCUGAUUUUCCAAAGAUCCCAGGAAAACCUGUCAAUUUUAUUUACUUUGCACCUGAUGACAAAAACCCUGAAAUCCAUCGGCCUGUGUUCCUUGAGCUGACACCAUCACCCGAGAUGACCUACAGGACCCUGGCUGGGACCAGCAAUGAGAUGAAUGUCCUGGGCAUUGUCAUCUUCUCAGCAACCAUAGGACUUCUCCUGGGAAAAAUGGGUGAGCGAGGAGCCCCGCUGGUUAACGUGUGCCAGUGUCUGAACGAAGCAGUUAUGAAAAUUGUCUCGAUGGCCGUUUGGUACUUCCCCUUUGGCAUUGUAUUUCUCAUAGCUGGAAAGAUCUUGGAGAUGGAAGAUCCAUCGGUUAUUGGACAGAAGCUGGGACUGUAUGUCAUUACAGUCGUGUCAGGGCUCGCCUUCCAUGGAAUCAUCCUCUUACCUCUGCUUUUUGUGCUCAUCACCAAGAAAAACCCCUUUGCUUUUAUUCAGGGGAUACUGCAAGCCUUGCUGAUCGCCUUAGCUACAUCCUCCAGCUCAGCCACCCUGCCCAUCACCCUCAAGUGUCUCCUGGAGAACAAUGGCAUUGACAGGCGCGUGGCGCGCUUCGUGCUCCCCGUCGGGGCCACCAUCAACAUGGACGGCACCGCGCUCUACGAGGCUGUUGCUGCCAUCUUCAUCGCCCAGGUCAACGAGUAUGAACUGGAUUUGGGACAAAUUAUAACUAUAAGCAUCACGGCCUCGGCAGCCAGCAUUGGGGCCGCUGGGAUCCCACAGUCCGGGCUCGUCACCAUGGUCAUCGUGCUCACCUCCGUGGGGCUGCCCACCGAGGACAUCACCCUCAUCAUCGCCGUCGACUGGGCUCUGGACCGACUGCGAACGAUGACCAACGUCCUCGGUGACGCGCUGGCUGCUGGCAUCAUCGCUCACGUCUGCGAGAAGGACUUUGCCCCAAAGCCCCCCCCACAAAACCCAGUGAGCAACACAGACAAGUUUCCUUCUGCAGAGACCUCACACCUGCAUCCCAAAGACAAUGGGAUUGAAAUUACUCAAGAAACCCUGCUGGAUCAGACUGGAGUUCACUAUAACAUCUGCCAGGUGUAG